GACCCUCGACAAAAUGGCUCCACACAUAGGCUACUCUAUCAACAACACUCUGGCUAUGGUAAGGACAACACACCCAAAUAGGCCUUAUCAAGUCAUAUAUGUUGUUGUCGAUUUGUGGAUAUGUUUUCGGUAAUGGAAAUAGAUAAUUUGAAAAUUGAUUAUCAUUGGUCGUUCCUAUUUCGGGUUGACAUUUGUUUUCUCGGUAAAGUCAAAUACAUGAGUUAGCCUAUCGAAUUAGCAUUCGUUUUAUCUACCAAUAAAUGGGAUUGAACACGAAAAAUGUAUAAAGAUUCGAUAUAUUCAUAUAUUUGUUCCUUUUAGUAAAAUGUCCUCAGUCUAUCGACGCUUUCAUUUAAUCGAACAAAAUAGCCUAAAUACGCAGGGAAUGCUAGCCGAUAGGCUACGAAUAAUUUGUGGGUGAUAAUUUUAAUCUGCAAUAAUGAACAACAAAUCUAUUUUAAAUAUAAGUUAGUUAUGCGUUAGGCUAUUAUAUCUUCAUAGGCUAUUGUGAAACAGAAAAUUAUGUAGCCUACCACUCUAUUUUUGUACAAAUGUGUGAUGGCCUAGUGUACCUACACAUUUUAUAGAAUGAAAAGGUUGGCGAUGCAUAACAUUCUGUGGAUCAAUUAAGGUUCAAGCUUUCAAAGCCACAGUAGGCUAAUAAAUAAUAACCUAAAAUAGGCCUAAACUACGCAAAACGCACUCUAUUCCAUUACAUUUUACGCGCGCUACAAGCUAUAGCCAAAACAAUAUUCCCUUAGUGGUGGUGAAAAAACGACACCAGUUAUUUUUUCACAGGACGAAAUAACUUUACUGAGGAGCAAGGAACGAAUUAUUUUGAAACUAAGUUAUGCUCACGCAACAAAGUAGGCUAAGAACAGAAAUAAUCUAAUAAAAACCAAAUGAAAAAGACAAAUCAAUGAACGAAGAAUUAUUAAAUCAAUUGGAAAAACAGGCCCUCGAGUGACAGAGGUUAUCAUUGCAAUGAUAUUAAUAUGAGUAUGGUAUAUAACGAUAAUGAUACAGUGAAAGGCAAUCAAUUGUAUUGAUUUCCACGCAGAGAUAACGCUUCAGUUUGACCGCACGACGUUCGUUGGACAGAAGCAAUAAUGUUGGGAAAUUAUUAGGACCCCUCUCUGUUGAAGCCUGUGCGUUAUCUGAACUGAUAUCCGCCAUGGCAGUUAACAGCAGCCUGGUUAACCAAUAGGCAAACAAAUAGGUCAACAAUUGUUUUUAAAAAUCACAUCACAAACCAAGGCAUUGGCUCUGAUAAUAUCCUCUAAAGUAUUAGCCAUGAAGUGAUAUGACUUUCCGAUGUGAUGGACCGCAAGAGUGCAGUCCAAACAGUUCAUUGGAAUAAAAGCCUUAUUGACAAGGGAAGCAAUAGUGCAACAGCGCGUUCGUAGAGUUAUAAACAUUGACAGUAUAUGCACCCACACUCAUAGGUGCAGAGAGAGCACCGUGCAGAAUACACAGGUCUGCCUGCUAAAUUGGUUGAUGACUCGUCGCGUGCGGGAUUGACUGUAGGCCUACCAUUUUAGAGCUCUGGGCCAUUCCAGUGUCGCGCGCAGUCUGCAUUUUGAUAUUUUAUUCGCUAGAUUGUUUUUUUUAGAUUCAUACAUAAAAAGCAUAAAAGCUUUCUUUUUACAGGUGACAUCAUGGAUUAAUAUCGGCGGAUGAGAGGGAAGGUUUCGAUGCGGAGUCAUCCGUGGAUAGCAUUAAGCAAAUGCACUUUUACAAUUUGAGACAUUUUUACGCACGGUCUAAUCUAUCCAAUAACCGCAGAAAUGUUGGAAAAACUGAAACCAGAACUUGGGCAGCUCAGUCCUAUGGGCAAGGAAUGCAAGUCUCCACAUCAUGACAGCCUGACUACUUCCAUAGCAGGUCGUGUAAGUAGGGAGGGGGGCGAAGCUGGUGGUGAGACACAGGAAAACACGACGGCGGCGUCAGCGGACUCAGCUGAGAGGAAGCAUGUCCCAGGGGAGCACUGCAACAGGACUACCCUCUUUAAUGCCGUUACCAAGGAAACGGCGUACCACAGCGAGCAAAAAAAGGAAGUGCCUGUUAUCGAAUUGGCCAGAAGAGGAGGGCUCGUGGAUAUAAAAGCUAGCGAGCUGACGGCAGACGGCAAUCACAGGGUACAGACAACCGAGCUGUGUAGACCGCCGAUUCCCCUGCCACCGCCUCCCCGGGACCCCUUAUUGAGCGAAACUCGAAUGGUGCAGUUGAGCCAACCUGGGUUCCCGCUCCCUGCACGAGCGAUGCUGUACAGUAACUUUGCUCAACCGCUCGCCACCAUGAACAGGUAAGGCAAGCUAUUCAUUUGGAAAUGUAUUUAUGUCAUAAUUAUGUGAAAUUUUUUGGAAAAGUUUGCGGCAUGCGUCAGUGCAAGCACUGUUUAUCUGUCAUCUUUUGAUUGAUGUAGCCUAUUCUAUGUUUAGGACUGAAAUGUGCAUCCCUAUUUCAAUUUUCAGAGUUUGUUUUCAUUAUUAAUCAUAUUAUUAUUAGGCCUAUUAGUAUUACAAUAAAAGUGCGUCUUCCAUCAUGUCUUUAAUUUUGUCUACAUUAGGCCUAACUGUCAUCAUUUAAUUCAACAGAAUCACCAGAAUAAAAUAGUCGACAUAUAGCCUAAAAUACCCACUGGACAAAAACUGGUUGAAUCAACAUUGUUUCCACAUAAUUUCAACCAAAAAUUACGGUGAAUCAACGUGGAAAACUCAUUGGAUUUGCAAAAUGUAAUAUUUUUCACCCAACUUUUUACCUAAAUCCAAUGACAUGGUGACAUGUUUUGUUGAUUUCACGUUGAAUUCACGUUAGUUGACAACUCAACCAAAUAUAAAUCAAAACUAGAUGUUGAACUGACGUCUGUGCCCAGUGGAUAUAGGCCUAUAUAUUUGUAGAAGGAAUUUGUAAUUUGACUAAUUCACACUAUCUUCCUGCAGUGGCUAUGGUGGCGAGAUGGAACAGUAUGGCAUGUACCCCAGCCAUCGGAUCAAACGUCGACCUGCGCCUUAUGAGAUUGAAAUCAACGAUGGUAAUGGUAAGAUCAUAUAAUAUUUUUUAAAACUUAAAAACGAUAUAUAUAUAUAACUUUGGUUUUUCACUAUUUCUGGCAAAAUGGACUGGUAUAUAUAGCAUCAAUCUAUCCGGGUUAGAGGAGUGAAGGGAGUUCUGGACACUAGCCAUUUUAAAGAGAAAAGCUGCAUCAGUAGGACAGCUAGUAUGGCCACUUGUAGAGUUGCUAAGGCACUACUUCAAGACUCACUAUUGUUGAGUCAUUUCCUGAAAAAGACUGAAAUCAAAUGUAUAUUGUUUGCUUUACACAGAGAAACACUGUGUAACAUUUUAGUUGGUGGCUAUGAGGGGUUGGGGGCCCCCUGGAGGUCCCUCCCCCCCUUCCCCAGAGAGCAUAUAAACAGGUUCAUAACAAGUCAUUGUUCAGGGCUUGCGGGGGGCCCGCAAAACUGCGGUAUGCCACUGUCAGGUCCUGGAGGGCCGCAGUGCAGGCUUUUGUUCCAGCUCAACUCUAACACAUCUGCUGGUGUAUGCAUACAGUGUAUAAUCAGACAUGAUCAGAAUACCUAUGUAACACCCUCUCCUCCUCUCCCUCUCAGGCUCGCAGCCCAAAAUCGUGCGGCGAAUUUUCACCAACAGUCGUGAGCGCUGGCGCCAGCAGAAUGUGAAUGGUGCCUUCGCCGAGCUUCGCCAGCUCAUCCCCACCCACCCGCCCGACAAGAAGCUCUCCAAGAACGAGAUCCUCCGAUUGGCCAUGAAGUACAUCAACUUCCUGUCCAAGCUCCUGGACGACCAGGAAGGUGUGUUGGAGGCCAGCGAUGGCGUUGGCGUUGUGGGGGCGCGGGCCCACGAGGGCCGAGAGGAGAGCCUGGUCCGGGAAGAGCUCCUCCAGGGGAUGCUGUCAUCCAGCAACUCCAGUUGCGGGAGUCUCCUGGACGGGGACGGUAGUCCCGACAGCUACACCGAGGACCAGGACUUGUCUGUGGGGUCUCGAACGCCCACCUCCAGAGGCCUCCAUCAUCACUCUGGACUCCACAUGGAUGGACGAAACCACAGAUGA